GCCUCUUUGUCACGUUCGUGCAUGCGCGAUGUCAAGGUGUUUGCGCGUGGGACGUUGAGGCUUACGUGUGGCCCUUGAAUGCAUCAUUGUGUUUCCGCAGAGCUUUCCAGUGAACGGUUAAUUUCUCUGCUGGCCGUCCUCUUCCUUCUCCUCCCACACAGCCGAACAGAUACAAACAUUUCUGUACAGCUCGGAGACUCUCCAAAUAUCCGCGCUCGUUCGGGCACCGACACAAGAGAGAGAGUGUGAGAGAGAGAGAGAGAGAGAGAGAGAGAGAGAGAUGGCGCAAACCGACAGUCAGAGUUCAACUUUCCCUGAGAUUGUGGAGCUGAACGUGGGUGGGCAGGUGUAUGUGACCCGACUUGAAACUCUCACGGCGGUCCCCAACUCUCUCCUGUGGACCAAGUUCACCCAGGGCUCCCCGGGCGACCUGCCAAAGGACGGCAAGGGCCGCUUCUUCUUCGACCGGGACGGCUUUCUGUUCCGCUACAUCCUGGACCAUCUGCGGGACUCCGAGCUCUUCCUGCCCGAGUACUUCAAGGAGAGGAGGAGGCUGCAGAAGGAAGCGGACUUCUUCCAGCUGCCGGAGCUGUCGAGGCGCCUGGCGACCGUCAACAAAGACAGCUCGUACGCGGAGGACAGCGGGGAGCCGGAGGACUCCGAGGUCACCAGCCCGGUCACCUCCUCCUCCUCCUCAUCCUCGGAGAGAACCCUGCGCUCUCCUGGGGCCAACGCCGGCUACAUCACCAUCGGGUACCGGGGCAGCUACACCAUCGGGAGGGACAUCCAGGCGGACGCGAAGUUCCGCAGGGUCGCCAGGAUCACCGUCUGCAGCAAGAUCUCUCUGGCCAAGGAGGUCUUCGGAGAAACCUUGAACGAGAGCCGCGACCCGGACCGCCCGUCCGACAAAUACACCGCCCGGUACUACCUGAAGUACAACUUCCUGGAGCAGGCGUUCGACCGGCUGGCCGAGGCCGGUUUCCACAUGGUGGCCUGCAACUCCACCGGGACCUGCUCGUACGGCAGCAACGACCCGGGGGAGGACAAACUGUGGACCAGCUACACCGAGUACGUGUUUUCCCGGUGAGCGCGUGAGAGCGCGUCCACAUGGUCAACCAACACUCGGAGCGAUCGGCUCCAUCACGUGGAUGAGCUCUCCACACUGUCAGUUGAGCCGUGUGUCGUUUCAGUUUCUUGUGUUUCUCUCACUCUCUGCUUGCUCUGUGCAGUAUCGGCUCAGCCAGCGUUGACAUUGUUCUGCCAUGUUCUCCUCUGUUCUGCAAGCAGAACCCCAAACCAACAUGAAGCGCAUUGGUUUGUGAGGAGUGAGGACACAUUACUGGGUCCUUAGCUGUGUUAUUUGUGUGGCCUUGUACUUCUUUAUAGCUUUAAUUAAAUGAGUGGUUUCUGGCAAACGUUAUAGAAUCUGUUUUUCUUUUGUCAUAGUGAAGAGGAUCCAAAGACAUAUAGGACAUAUACACUGUAAAUAGCCUAAUGUUCUAAUAGCCUCUCAAGUCUUUCAUUUUAAGGAUUGUUUGAUAAGGAGGACAUUAAGUUGCUUCUUGUGUAUUUGUUGCUUAAUUUGCUUCUAUCAACUAUGCUUUCAAGAUUACACGUUGGGACUUCACAAUGCUUCAUUGUUAUGUGCCAUUUAUGAGCUGUUGUCAUUGUGUUCUCUUUAUAUGAGGCCACAGCAAAUAAAGUGAGACGUUGUAACACUGUACACCGCAUUGUCCCUGUGAGUUCACGGCAAACAUGUAUUGGAAUUGUAUGCCUUAAUACACUGAUGCUUCUUUUCUUGCAA